UUCUCUCCUGGUUAAUUAAAUUUCUCCAAAAUGGUUCAACAAUGUGUCCAAAAACACAAGCAUGUUAUUUUUAUCAUUCUUCUAUUAUUUACUACACUUUUGCAUCAAACACAAGCCCAUCAAUUCUCAAAAAAAUUGUCACAAAAAGGAUUUGGCUUAGAGAAAGAAAAACUAAGCCACCUUCACUUCUACUUGCAAGAAAUAGUGACAGGAGAUCACCCGACUGCCGUCCGAGUCGCCGAGGCCGCCGUGACCAACACCUCCAAAACCGCAUUUGGAGCUACCGUCAUUCUUGACGACCCGUUAACAGUUGGGCCCGAAAUUACCUCCAAGAUUGUGGGAAGAGCACAAGGGAUAUACGCAUUUGCUGACUUAAGUGAAUCUGCAUUGUUGAUGGUACUAAAUUACGUCUUUAUUGAAGGAAAGUACAAUGGUAGCACCUUGAGUAUAUUAGGGAGGAAUGCACCGUUGACUUCGGUCAGAGAGAUGCCGAUCGUUGGUGGGAGUGGGCUUUUCCGAUUUGCACGAGGUUAUGCUCUUGCAAAGACUCAUUUUUUUAAUGUGAGCAAUGGUGAUACGGUCGUUGAGUAUAAUGUUUAUGUCCUUCAUUAUUGAUUACAUCUUCAAAUCGACAUUAUCAGAGCAGAAUA